AUGGAUCAAUUCGAAUUCAACAAAGUUGACGUCACCGGCGACCAAACGGAGAGCAAGACAUCCAUUUCCAACACCGGAAAAGCUCAGCAGCAAAAAUCCCAGCCGAUGAACAUUCCUGGAUCGUCGAGCAGGGCAUGUGUGGGAGAGUAUAAUGAGAAGGGAAAUGAGGGAUUGCCUCCUCACGAGUAUUUGGCGAAGACGAGAGGGGCGUCGCCUUCGGUGCAUGAAGGGAAGGGGCGGACUCUCAAGGGCAGGGAUUUGAGCAAUGUGAGGGAUGCUGUUUGGAUACAGGCCGGCUUUCAAGAUUAA